AUGGCCAAAGGAAAGAGUUCUAACCCGGCUGAUGCAUUCAGGAAGGCUCAACGGGCAAAGGAGCUGAAGAAGGGGGCCCGAGAGACUGCAACCCUCAAAAAAGACACUGGUGGCCUCGAAACAGAAAUCCAUGAACUAGAAGACAUUGGAGAGGAAAAACUUAGUUCUACCCAAAAAGACCGGCUGAAGGAGUUGAGAACUGAAGUCGCGCGUAUCCGCAAGAUAAAGCAAGAUUAUGUCAAAGCACAUCCAGAGCAGAGUCACUUGGUGCGUGGACUGGAACCACGAGCUCGUCGGCCAGAGGGAACAGCGGCUACGAAUGCAGGCGGCUCUCAGGCUACACCAGCCGUACGAACUGUCUUUGGGAAGAACGGCCUUCCGCUUCACCCUGAACGCAGCAUCUACUAUGACCCCGUACUCAAUCCAUACGGCAUGCCUCCUCCUGGUAUGUCGUAUGUUGAACGAGCUCUAUUGCCCCAUGAAAUAGAGGAAGAUCAUGGGAUACAAGCAGACCCAGAAAGGGAAGUGUCAGAUGAGGACUCGAUGAUGGACUCAGUUCACAGCGAUCUAGAUGAAGAAGAUUCGGAUGAUGACGAUAUCGUCCUUCCAGCCGGCCCUCCUCCAAGCGACCUCAAGCACCAAUCCUCCGAUUCUGAUUCUGAGGAUUCAGACAACGAUAUCCCGAUGCCACCUGGCCCACCGCCUCCUAAGGCACCACCGCCUCUACCAACAGGCCUUCCUCCCACAGGGCCAUCUUUUCCUCCGAACGCACAGUAUGGCAUCCCCUUUCCGCCAUUUCCACCCAAUGCCGCUCCACAUGCUCAAGUGCAUCAGCAUGCCCCCCCUCCACCACCUGGUUUCCCAACGACAUUGUAUUCCACAUACACUACGCCACUUGUACAACCAGUUCCUUAUCCUCAACAAAUGGUGGGGCGGGAGCUGAAAGCUCGUGAUCGACAAUUCGCAGAAGCAGUGCGAGCUGUACAAGAUCCACUCUCCAAUAUUCCCCACGUAACCUAUCAGGCCCAUCAAGCACAAAGGCAUCAACCUCCCCUCUCGUCAUCUACAGGAGGUCAACACAUGGCGUUGCAACACGGGCUCCCUCCCAAGCCGAGCAACGUCCCACAAACAAUUGCUUCGGCUACUGUUUCGGCUGAGCCAGAGCUACGCGACCUUAAGAAGGAAGCAACUGCCUUUGUACCGACUUCUAUGAGGCGGGCGACUAAAAAAGGCCCAAACAAUAGCGCAGCAUCGGGCCUUCAGAUCAAUGCUGCUCCCGAUGAGGGUGGCGAUCAAAGUAGGCUGCCAGCUGAGCCUCGAAAGGACCUCAUGAGCGUGUUAGGGAGUCAGUUAGGGGCCAAAGACAAGCGUACUUCCGGAUCGAACACCACGGGGCAAGGCAAGGAUGAUUAUGAAAAGUUCUUGGCUGAGGUCGUAAGUUAUCAGCACAGCACAGAUCACAUAUUCACCUCAAACCCACUACCCCACCCAAAGGUCGCUGCUGACUCCAUGUCCCCAACUGCACUCCCCACCGAGUCGGACGGAAUUUCAAACAUAUCCUCACAAGCUACAAAGCAAGGUGUUCCUGCCAGCGUUUCCAAUUUAACUGGCAAGAGUUCAAUCUUGCACCGUACUCCAUGGCAUCCCCCAGUUGCUGUUACUGCGCAAGGACCUUAUAUCACUCUAAAGGACGGUCGACAAGUAAUUGAUGGCGUAGGAGGUGCCGCUGUUAGUUGCAUAGGCAACGGUCAUCCUGCUGUGGUAAAAGCUGUCCAGGAACAAGUUGAGAAAAUGGCCUAUGUAUAUAACGCACAACUCUCGAAUGAGCCGGCCGAGGAGUUGGCGAAAACUUUAGUUGAAGGAUCGAAUGGAGCGUUCGAGCAAGUUGGAUUUGUGUCAGGAGGAUCCGAGGCUGUUGAAGCUAUGAUAAAACUAGCCCGCCAGUACUGGUUUGAGAAGAAGGAGCCCAAGCGAACUAAUUUCAUUGCGCGUCAACUAUCGUUCCAUGGAAAUACUGUUUCAACGCUGGCACUGGGUGGACACCCAUCGAGAAGAGUUCCGUACGAAGACGUCUUGGACCACCAAAAUUUCCAUCACGUUAGUCCAGCAUACUAUCGGCAUUAUGCCCGCGAGGGCGAGAGCGAGGAGGAUUACGUGCAACGACUUAAAGAAGAGCUGGAUGCGAAAUUCCAGGAGCUUGGUGGAGAUACGGUCGUUGGGUUCGUCGCCGAAACAGUCGUAGGCGCCACUACCGGGUGCGUUCCUGCGCCCAAGGGUUACUUUAGAGCAUGCCGAGAGGUGUGCGACAAGUAUGGAGCCCUCUUCAUGUUAGACGAAGUUAUGAGCGGGAUGGGUCGUAUGGGUACACUGCACGCAUGGGAGAGCUUUGGAGAUGGUAUGGCACCAGAUCUUCAGUCUGUAGCCAAGGGCCUAGGUGGAGGGUUCGCUUCUAUCGGUGCCGUUCUGGUUUCUCCUCGGGUCGUAAAAGGAAUUAGCGACGGAAGCGGGUACUGGCUUCAUGGACAUACCUAUCAGGCGCAUCCGAUUGCAUCGGCUGCUUCUUUGGCAGUUCAACGCGUGAUCGCGUCCGAAAAUUUGCUCGCUCUUUGCCGUCAGCGGGGCGCCGAGCUAGAAAAGCUUCUAAAAGAAAGGCUUAGAGGACCUGAAGCUCGUGCCGCGCCGUAUAUUUCUGACAUCCGAGGCGGUGGCUUAUUCUGGGGGGUUGAAUUCGAUAUACCAGACGCCGAAUUACCACGGAUCAAUACGAGAUACCAACUCUCGACAGGUUCUGGGCAAAAUCUUCCUAAUAAUCGCCGGUUUGGCACUCUACUCCAAGAUAUGACCAUGGAUAAGGGUCUUAUCGCUAUUGCAAUGACUGGAUCUGUGGACGGGAAGCGCGGUGAUCACUUGAUUCUGGCGCCGCCUUAUAACGUUACCCAAGAAGAGCUUGAGCUCAUUGUAGAUCGUGCAGUUGAAAGCGUAGAAAGGCUUUUGUUCGACUAA